UCCGGUACAUUUUUCAAAACUUAUUAGGGUACAACAACCAUAGGCUAUCAUUCAGACACCGAGGGAAUAAGAACGGUAUCCACUUCUUAUCCUAGGAACCUGUAUUUUUAUUAUGGAUCAUAAUUAACUGGCAUUUUGUGCGUGACUAUUCAUCUGAAUUGAUUCCCAGGCCAACCCCCCUCUGCGUAUAAUAAAUAAAUAAAUAAAAAGGCACGCAGAGUCACAUGCGUAUCGUGGUGCGUCGCUUUUGGACUCGAGGCACAUUUAUUAAAAAUGAUCGCGUCCAGAGUCUACCGUUGAGUCGAUACGAGAACACCGUAACCGUGCCACGGCAAAGGUUAGUAUAGUCUAUAGGCGACUGUCCUCUCUGGGCCUAUUUGUCUAGGCUGAAUAAACGGUCAAAUGAGAAGGACGGAUUCACACAUAUACAUGACUUCUCUACGAGACUAGGCUAUAUGCAGCAGAGAGUGAGUAAGGCGCGGGUUGAUAGAAAUAGGCUAAAUGCCGGCUUUUACCGGGGUUGUUGAUAUCUCAACGGCCGGUUGCGCGCUGCCUUAUAUCCUGUUUCAGUUUCUUGACUGCUGACGUGACACCUGGAGAGGGCUCUCUCGUUCUUUCCGUGAUUGACCGGAGAAAGGCUCGAGGGCUGUGUAGUCAGGACGGACUUGGGCUGCCCCGGUGGAAACGGCUUUCCUGUUGUGUUGUCUGAAGGCGGACCGGUGUUGAGCGUUCCUGGGAGUGUGUAUCCCGCGAAAGGAAGGUGGAAGGAAAGGCUCCGCAGAGAGAAAGCAGCAGCUGGCUAAACCACGAACCGUCCAGGCAAAAACAGUCUUCAGACUGAGACACUCACCGCCGAGAGAGAGAGAGAAGGAGAGCUGGACCAAAACGAAAUCAUUUUCUGACCUAAUGAAUAUCUAGCCUUUUCUCCUGCUAAAGCCCUAAGUUUGUUACCAGCUCUAGUCCUUUGCUGCUAGCCUUCUACCCAGCGAACCAUGGCCCAGGUCGGGAACGGAUCUGGGAAUAACGCCGACGAUGAGGAUUGUUUUGAAGAUGCCUACGACCGGAUACCCGUGGCUGGUAAGAUGGAUUUGAAGACUUCCAUAGAAGAGUGUUCUAUGGCUCUGAACCUGGUCCUGAACAACAAAUUCUCUGAGGCCCUGGACCUCCUCAAACCAUGGUGGAAGGACAGUAUGUAUCACGCUCUGGGCUACAGUUCUAUCCUGGUGAUGCAGGCUGCCAUGACGUUUGAACACAGAGACAUACAGACAGCCAUGGCCGUCAUCAAAGAGGCCUUAACAACCUGCCAGAGGUUCAGGAAGAGAAACUCUGUGGUGGAGUCUAUCUCCAGUCUGGUGACCAAACAGUCUAAUGACCACCUCAGAGAAGAGGAGAUGCAUGCAGAGAUCUGCUAUGCUGAGUGCCUACUGCAAAAAGCCACGCUCACCUUUGUACAGGAUGAAAACAUGAUCAGCUUUAUCAAAGGAGGGAUCAAAAUACGCACAAGUUUCCAGAUUUACAAGGAAUGUCAGAAUAUUCUGAAUGUGACUCAGGACCAUAGCAGUGAAUCAUUCAGGCAGUUCGAAGGAGGCGUUCGACUGGGUAUCGGAUCCUUCAACCUGAUGCUGUCCCUCCUUCCUCAGAGGAUCCUCAGGUUGCUGGAAGUCAUCGGCUUCUCUGGCAACAGAGACUUUGGUCUGUCAGGUUUAACUGGGUCCAGUGGUUCCCUGGUACAGGGUUCUAUUCUGGUUCUAUCAUUAAAAUUCUAUCAUGGUUCUAUACAGUUGAUUUGUGGUACUGGAGAAGGAAACCUUGUAGAGGCAGAAGCCUUACUGGGACCUUACCUCGAGAAGUUCCCUAAUGGUUCUAUCAUUCUGUUUUAUUCUGCUCGGAUUGCUGUGCUCAGGGGAAACUUCGAGAAGGCCCAGUUAAAGUUUGAGGAGUGUAUCUUAGCCCAGUCUCAGUGGAGACAGAUUCACCACCUGUGUUACUGGGAGUUGAUGUGGAGUCACUCCUUCACUCAGGACUGGCUGCAGGCAUACAGAUAUGCUGACCUGCUCUGUAAGGAGAGUCGCUGGUCCAAGGCCAUCUAUGUCUACCAGAAGGCUGCUAUCCUCUCUAUGUUGCCUGAAGAGGAGAUCAAGAAGACUGGAGAGAACGUGGUCGAGCUGUUCAGGCAGGUAGAGGGGCUGAAGCAGAGACUAGCAGGGAAGUCCAUACCUACUGAGAAGUUUGCAGUGAGGAAAUCACGAAGAUACAACGCCAGAAACCCUGUCAAACUGGUGGUCCCAGCACUGGAGAUGAUGUACGUAUGGAAUGGUUUCACCAUUGUAGGGAAGAGAGCAGACACCACAGAGAGUCUCCUCAUCACCAUAGAGAAGACAGAGGAGGAGCUACGCAACGACCCCAGUCCGUCAGAGUACCAUCCUGAUGACCAGUGUCUGGUUCAGAUGUUAAAAGGCCUCUGUCUUAAACACCUGGGAAGACUACUGCAGGCCGAGCUCUGCUUCACACAGGUUCUGUCCAGUGAGCGGAGAAUCAGAUUUGACCACUACCUGAUCCCCUUCACCCUGUAUGAGUUGGGUCUACUCUACAAACAACAGGGGGACUUCAUCAAGGCCACACGAUACAUAGAGAACGCCAAGUUGAACUACAAGGACUACUCCAUGGAGUCCAGGCUUCACUUCCGGAUCCACGCAGCUCUCAACAGUCUCAAGGGAUCGCCUGUCAGCACACCAUAACUACAGCCCAACUACAGCCCAACUACAAUCAGACUACAACCGAUUUUACACCAUAACUACAGCCCAACUACAAUCGAUUUUACACCAUAACUACAGCCCAACUACAAUCGAUUUUACACCAUAACUACAGCCCAACUACAAUCGAUUUUACACCAUAACUACAGCCCAACUACAAUCGAUUUUACAGAACAGAUUUUACAGAUUUUUUACAGAACCUU